AAAAAAUCGUUUAAAUGUACUUUGAGGUCCCAACAAAACAAAACUCUCCAUCUUGUCAGUCACAACCUUUGAACUGCUCUCGAGAUCUCUCUCUCUUACCUUUUUCGUGUUUCUGCUACACUUCUUUUGUUCUGAGAUUCCAAGGUUCUUCUUCUACAAAAAUUAAAUAAAUUAUUCACUAAUUAAAUCCCAUUUUGACAAUUCUCUCCUCGAAACUCGCCUUCCCUUUUCUAUAUAUAUAUCGUUUUAAAUACUCAAAAACCAGAUUACUAACUAGGAAGAGAGAUAGCGAUGGCGGCUUCAGCAUCUGAACGUCCUCAAUUCAUAUCGAGUAACGGUGGGAACAGAAGCUUCUCCAACGCUCCACUCAUCGACAACUCUGAUCCUAAUCAGAUUAUUGUCCCCGAGAAAAAGAGCUGGAAGAAUUUCUUUGCAUACUUAGGACCUGGGUUUCUUGUUUUAAUCGCAUAUAUUGAUCCUGGAAACUUUGAGACUGAUCUUCAAGCAGGAGCACAAUACAAGUAUGAGUUACUUUGGAUCAUAUUGGUGGCUUCUUGUGCCGCUUUGGUGAUUCAAUCUCUGGCUGCAAAUCUUGGUGUUGUCACAGGAAAACAUUUGGCUGAGCACUGUAGAGCUGAAUACUCCAAAGUUCCAAACUUUUUGCUAUGGGUUGUUGCAGAAAUUGCAGUAGUUGCUUGUGACAUUCCAGAAGUUAUUGGAACAGCUUUUGCUCUGAACAUGCUCUUUAGCAUACCUGUUUGGAUUGGUGUUCUUCUCACAGGCUUAAGUACACUGAUGCUUCUUGCACUUCAACAAUACGGGGUGAGAAAGCUGGAGUUCUUGAUUGCAUUUCUGGUGUUCACAAUUGCUCUAUGCUUUGUCAUUGAGCUACACUACUCAAAACCAGACCCAGGAGAAGUCCUACAUGGUCUCUUUGUUCCACAACUCAAAGGAAAUGGUGCAACUGGUCUUGCAAUCUCUUUGCUUGGAGCCAUGGUUAUGCCGCACAACCUCUUCCUCCACUCUGCCUUGGUUCUCUCCAGGAAAAUCCCACGUUCAUCUACUGGGAUCAAGGAGGCUUGCAGGUUUUACUUGAUAGAAAGCGGAUUGGCUCUAAUGAUAGCCUUUCUCAUAAACGUCUCUGUGAUAUCAGUAAGUGGUGCUGUUUGCAAUGCCCCUGACCUAACCCCCGAAGACCGUGCUAAAUGUGAGGAUUUGGACUUAAACAAGGCUUCGUUUCUGCUACGAAACGUGGUGGGUAAAUGGAGCUCAAAGCUAUUCGCCAUCGCGCUUCUUGCUUCAGGGCAGAGCUCAACUAUAACUGGAACUUAUGCUGGGCAAUACGUGAUGCAAGGGUUUCUUGAUCUAAGACUCGAGCCAUGGCUCAGAAACUUCUUAACUAGAUGUUUAGCUAUUAUUCCUAGUCUCAUAGUUGCUCUCAUAGGUGGUUCUGCUGGAGCUGGAAAGUUAAUCAUCAUUGCCUCGAUGAUCUUAUCCUUUGAGCUCCCAUUUGCGCUAGUUCCUCUUCUCAAGUUCACUAGCUGCAAAACCAAGAUGGGUUCACAUGUAAACCAUAUGGCGAUUACAACUUUGACUUGGGUCAUUGGUGCUCUAAUUAUGGGGAUAAACAUAUACUACAUAAUAAGCAGUUUCACUAAGCUGCUCAUCCAUAGUCACAUGAAGCUUGCCCUUGUCAUCUUUUGUGGAAUUCUUGGGUUCUCAGGCAUUGCUAUCUACUUGGCCUCCAUAGCUUAUCUUGUCUUCCGGAAAAACAGAAAAGCUAGUCCUCUUCUUGCUUCAACAAACUCACAAACAGUGGAGACACUUCCAAGACAAGACAUUGUUGACAUGCAGUUACAUGGUAAAGCGGCUGCCUCAGAUCUUGAUUGAGUCUUAUUCAAUCAUAUCUUGAAAAUUAGGAUUCCAAUAAAAUUGGACUCAAACCAAGUCCACAAAGACCUCUUUUUAGUAGUUAAAAUGUUUUUAGACGUUAUAAGUGUUGGUUUUUGUCAUCUUUUUUAAAAGGGAUCAGAUUCUCGUAGGUUUAUAUAAUGAACAAUGUUACAAUAACA